UUUGUGUCCCCUGUUUUUUUUUUUCUCUAUAAACUCCACACUCCUACUCUCCUCUGUUCUCUGCUUCAAAACCCCAACUGCCUUCCCGUUCUCAUCACCCUUUUGCCCUUUGCUGUAUCCCUAGUUUUCUCCUGCACCAUUGGAGCUCAAAAGGGUUUUUAGGAAAUCCCAGGACUAAGUUCAAGAACCAGAGGAGUUUUGUCUAUUGAGAGCUUCCGUUUCGAGAAAUUUAGAGAUUUUAUGGCAAUGUCUGUGGCCACUAAGAUUCAGUCGCCCAUUUGUGAGCCUCGAGCGAUUUUGGGUCCCGGCGGUAACAGAGUUAGGGUUUCGGAGGACCCGAAACGCAAAGGAGAGGCCUUGAGGAAACCACAGAGAACGACGACGACAACGACAGUGAUCAGAAAGCCGGCCACUGAAGUGCCGCAAUCGGUUGUACUGAACAAUGGUUCGGUGGACAGUUCGUGCUCUUCGGAUUCUUCAUCUAGUGGCUCUUUGGUCAAAACGGUGAGUUCCAAGAAGACCCUUAGGCCUAAAGGGUUGAGGCCGGCGAAGAUUGUGCCGGACGGCGUUGAGGCCGCGACUACUUCGCCGAAGAUUGUUGGUCCGCCUAAACGGUGUGAUUGGAUCACACCUAACUCUGACCCAAUUUAUACUUUAUUCCACGAUGAAGAAUGGGGGGUUCCAGUCCACGAGGAUAACAAGUUGUUUGAAUUGCUUGUCUUUUCACAAGCUUUAGCAGAACUCACUUGGCCAGCAAUUUUAAACAAGAGAGACUUAUUCAGGAAACUGUUUGAAGAUUUUGAUCUAUCAUCAGUAGCACAGUUUAGUGAGAAGAAGUUGUUGUCUCUAAAAGUAAACGGCAACUUAGUCUUAUCUGAACCAAAGCUUCGCGCAGUCGUGGAAAAUGCUAAGCAAGUGCUCAAGGUUCAGAAGGAGUUGGGUUCAUUCAGCAGUUAUUGCUGGGGCUUCGUGAACCACAAGCCAAUAAGGAACGGAUUUCGCUAUGCACGUCAAGUACCAGUCAAGUCGCCUAAAGCAGAGAUCAUAAGCAAGGACAUGAUGCAGAGAGGCUUUCGUUGUGUGGGGCCAACUGUGAUUUACUCAUUCAUGCAAGUAGCUGGGAUCGUUAACGAUCACCUCUUGAACUGUUUCAGAUACGAGGAGUGCAACUUAAACGUGAAAAAGGAUUUGAAACCUAAAACUGAGGAGCCAGAGAGACCCAGUGAAGCUCUGGAGAAGAAGACAAGUUUAUCUAAUGACUGAAUCGACCGAGCAUUACUUUAGUUUCUUACUACUAAUCACACAAUUCCACACGACUAGGAAAUGAAGAAAGAGGCGUUAGGUUUGUGCAGCUGUAACUUUAGUGUGUAUUACUUUUCCAUAUUAUUAAUCUGAAAACAAAAAUCAUAAUUGUGUUGAAUACAGCUUGUAGUGGUUUGUUUAAGCAGUGUCACACUUUGCUAAUUGUUAUGUUUGUUCCUCAUUUGGUGUUGCCUAAUAAAAGUUUAAUGUCAUGAAAAAUUCGAUGUGAUAUGGGAGUUAUUAGUUGCAAGGA